GAACAUAUGAAGCAUUAUAAUCUUGGGCGAAUAAAAAAGGAAAGCAGGCUACUAGUGAAAUAUUGCUGUACUUCACCGAAAGGAGGAAAAUUUUAGGAUUGAUUGAGAACCAAUGUCCAAAAACCUCACUCCCCGUCAUUCUGAUCCGAAUACCCGUCUUUCACUAUUAUUCACUCUGUACUAUGUUGUUUGCCGAGGCUGUUUUUCGUACGGACAAGUAAACGGUGGCAGUGUCACUCUUUCCAGCUUCAAAUACGUUACAACUGCGCUAAAACCUUAUGAUUGGCGCUAUAUUAGAGUGGAUUUGCCAUCAUGGUUCUCUUCCGUGAACAUAAUUCUAGAAUCAGAUGUUGAUAUUGACCUCCAGAGGAUUAUAAAAUCACCUCAAAGUUUAUUCCCAAUUAUAUGCUUCCGAGAAGGAAGCCCCCCUCUGCCCGAUGUCUACAAUGUUUCUGCUUCAGGACUAGUGUUAAACUUCGCCUCUAAUCGGUCGUUUGUACAAGAUCUCGAACUAGUUGAGAAGUGCUAUCCUAUACAGAAGACUAUAUCUUUUAAAUUAACAAAUGAACAGAUAUCUUCAGGUCUAUGGUAUAUAGGCCUCUUUUAUGGCAUCGGACCUAUGCGGACGCAGUCAAAAAUGAUUAAUCGAGGCUCAGCAUAUUCUUUCAGUGGGAACAUAACCGUGGAAGGCUGCACAACUCAAACCGUGUCUGGCCCAUUCUGCAAUCAAUCUGUUACUCCAAUUUCAUGCAUGGAUGUUUAUACCCCUCCUGCAAUCGGUUUAAAAGAUAAUUUGGCGGGAAAUGUGAUAUCUUGCAAUGGUGUUGAUGAAGAGAGGUGUUAUGGGUAUUUGGAGUCCAGUGCCUACUACUCAUUUGAUGUUUUGGGUAUCACGGAAAGGGUGAUUGUUAGGGCAUUAAAUGUUAAAUCCAAACAGUCACAGUUUGCAAAUAGCACCAGAAAGGACAAUCAUAUACCUGUUAUGGUUUAUCUUAGGUAUAGGGCGUUGCCAUCAACAACUUUGCAUGACUACUCUGGUGAUAUAACUGAUGGCCCUUUGGUAAUUCUCUCACCCAAAAUUGGACGUUGGUAUAUUACUGCUCAACCAAUAGUUCAGGAUGCGAAUGCAAGCACUUGUUUUUCAUUGAGAUCAGAAAUAUUUCAGUGUCCAGUGAAUAAGGCUGGACUGAACUGUACCUGGGAAAGGUACAUGCUUCAGACGGUUUUGCGGAAAAAUCCAACUGUGCCAUUUGAGUCGCAUUAUCUACCAAUCAGUGAAAAAGUAUCAUCCAAUUCUGCCAAUUUCCCUUUGGAACCUCUAUUGACCAACACCUCCAGUGGGGGAAACCAUGGUUAUGUUUGGACCUUUUUCCUAGUGGACAUCCCCUCUGAUGCCUCCGGAGGAAAUAUUCACAUUUGUCUCACAUCAGACUCAACUGUUGGGUAUGAAGUAUAUGCCAAACAUGGUGGCCUGCCUUCUCUCGAAAGCUGGGAUUACUUCUACACAAACAGAACGAGUAACAGCAAUGGCUCCAUGUUUUUUAAAAUAUAUGAUGCAAGUAAAAGUAGGGUUAGUUUUUACAUCUUAUAUGUAAAAGGAGGGACUUGGAGUUUCGGGUUGAGACAUCCAAACACAAAUUACCUUAGUUCGGUUCAUCAAACUUUCAUGUCAAUCUCACUGGAGAGAUGCCCUGAAAAGUGUUCUUCUCAUGGAACAUGCCAAUCUCUUGUGGACGAGAGUGGGCUAACAUUGUACAGUUACUGUGCUUGUGACCGCAAUCAUGGAGGCUUUGACUGUAGUGUUGAACUUGUCUCCCUUGUAGGACAUGUUUGGCAAUCAGUUUCUCUUAUUGCGUCAAAUGCUGCAGCUUUGCUACCUGCUUAUUGGUCUCUCCGUCAUAAGGCAUUUGCUGAAUGGGUUCUUUUCACAUCAAGUGGAAUUUCAAGUGGUUUGUAUCAUGCAUGUGAUGUGGGCACGUGGUGCGCAUUAACUUUUCAUGUGUUACAGUUCUUGGAUUUCUGGCUUUCAUUCAUGGCUGUUGUCAGCACUUUUGUUUACUUGACUACUAUAAGUGAAAUCUCAAAGAGGACAAUACACACCGUCGUCGCAAUCCUUACUGCCCUUAUGGCUGAAACUGGGCCAACCAGGUCCUCAAACAUUAUAAUCGUGGUGGCCAUAGGGGCUGCAGGUCUUCUAAUCGGGUUCUUGAUCGAGUUAUCUACCCAUCACAAGAUGCUUUCUUUUUCCUUUUCAACACAAGUCUGCUUGAAUCUGAUUCAGAGGUGGAAAGGCCUAAAAACAUGGGUUCGUAAUCUCAUCAAGACACUCUUGAAGCGAUUUCGCUGGGGCUUUUUACUUGCUGGCUUUACUGCAUUGGCAAUGGCUGCGAUAAGCUGGAAGCUUGAAACCAGUGAAAGCUACUGGAUUUGGCACAGUUUGUGGCAUGUGUCCAUAUACACAUCUUCUUUCUUUUUCCUCUGUUCAAAAGCGGAUGGUCCAACUCCAAACUGCGAGAAUGAACGGCCUAGAGAUGGGAACUAUGAGUUAACUCGGCAAAAUUCUUUCAUACUGGAAGAGCAAAGAGACGUCAGAUAGGACUCUACAUCAUACCUCAUCAGAUGCAGCAUGGGUUCUCUCUCAAGUGAAGGAGAUUGUUGUAAAUUUCAGCCACCUUUCUCCCUCAAUUUUUUUAUAGGAAAAACAGAAAUUUGUAAAUGUGAAAAUACAAACAGUAAAGAAUACCAUGAGGGAGGUGUACUAUGAGAAAUACACAAAGAACAAAAUAUCUGUGGAAACAAAAUAAAGAGUAGUAAUUAGUUUGUUUGCAUUUGGAAUGCUUCAAUUCACACCCUACAUGUGUGCAAGUCACGAAUGAGGACUGAAUAUUAUUGGCAGGG